GAGAGAGCGCUGCCGAAGUGAUCGUUUUCCACAGCUAUCCAUGUGAUCUUGGCGACCGAGACCUCGUCUUCACUAUGAGAAGUGAACCGGGUUGUAUGGGUUGGUUGCAGCAGAAAAUGCAGAUUACAAUUCUUUUUCCUUGUUGGAUUUUUUCAGUUUUGUUGAAUGUAUAACUACAACUAUGGCAACAAGAGUAGAAAUAAAUUCUGCUUUGGCGUCUUUGACGACAGUACCUGACUUAAAUGAAAUCCGAAAUGAGGAUAAAUCACAGCGUGUGUAUGUGAGUGUGCUUUCAGAUGCAAGUAACAAGACAAGGGAGGCUUCAGCAUCACUAAACCUUGAAGAGAAGAACAAAUUUGGGAGUAGUCUGAGAUCCGCAACAAUGCCGUCGCUAGGAUCAAGGCCAAGACUGUUCCCAAAGCCUUUUUCUAAAGAGAAAUCUUCAGAUACUUUUGCAAAUGUAAAACCACCUACUCCGGCUUUCCGAUCAAGCAGUCUCUUUAGAAAGGCCGCUGAAGAAACAUCGUCUGUUAAGGUAUUAAGUGGAAGUGUUCCUCCGUUAGUAGAUCAGAAAGUAAUUGAAAAUGGCAGUAAGUCUGGCAGUGAAGUGGUCACCAACAUGACUUUCUACACUGGUCCCAGUGCGAAUACUGUCAUUCUUUUUGAGACAGCAGGCACAGAGCAAUCAAAGGUAAGCCUGGCCCAAGAGAAAAGGGCUGCUGAUGACCGCAGGGUGCUCAGUACUAUGCAAACAAAAGAGCUUCAGUGCAGUGCGAAGCUGGAGAAACCAUCUCAGCCACCCGAGGCGUUCAGGAGCCCUGAAGGGUCUCUCCACAGGCAGAUAUCGCUUUCCUCCAGCCUCAGACCAGUCUCUUGGAACUCCCUCAAAACGGGUGAAAAAAAAGACGCUUAUGAAGUUCAUCCGGGGGAGAAAAACAACGAUGAUGCAAAUAAUAUCAACAGUAAAGUUGAUUUCUCUACUGAUGUGCAGCAAAGGCCAAAGCAUAGACCAGUAUCCGCUUUUUUUCUGGAAUCAUUACGAGAUCAAAAGCAUCGCAGCGUGGAAGCUUCGGAGGAAAAAUCUCCUACAGAGAAAUCCUGGGUUAGAAAACCAAGACCUCUAUCCAUGGACCUGACAGCUAAGUUUGAACAUAAAGAUCUUUCUUCUUGCAAGAAGACUUGUUCGUCUCGUGAAAGCAAGGAGAAUGUAUCGAUCAUUUCUUUAACUGAUGUGAGCUGUCAUGAUCAGUCUGAAAUGGGGCCAAAACCUGACGAAACUGAAUUUAAUAAAGGCAGUUCUUCAAAAACGAACUUGAAGUGCAGUAGUCAGGACGUUGGCAUCUUAAAUAGUGGAAAAUACCUAUGGGAAACAAAGCUUAAAUCUAAAAGUGAACAAAUUGAGACAAAGCCAGAAAUAACGACUAAUUUGCACAGUCCUGAAAGAAGCCAUGAAAGCACUAGUGAAAGCAGAACUAGUAAGGGGGAGAAGAGACUGGGUGAAACGGAAACGUGUGUGUUUCUAGGCUGUGAAAGCCCUGCUGCUUCCUCAGAAAAAGAGGAUAAUAUUAUAAGAGGUAGUGUGAAAAAGCACAUCAGUUUGUUUACUUUGGAAAAUCCCAGUACCUCGGUGGAUACGGAGCUGCUCCCAUCAGCUGCUGAGAAGGAAAACAGAUGUGUGAACAUCCAACAGAGGAUCAAAGAGCUGACAGCAGAAAACCCCGACGUUAAGCCAGGAAAUCUACGCAGGUCACUUCAAUCACGACCACUUUCUGCAGACUUAACCAAGAUGUUUUCAAGUCCCGCGUCAAGCGGUGAAGCGAAGCCUGAGAAACCUGCUGAAACUAGAAACGACCCCAUCAACGAAAUGCAAGAAAAUCAGAAGAGUAAAGAGAUCAAGCUUACACACGGCACAGACUUCACCGAAGCACAUGCUGUUGGGAACCCUUGGAAACCCCGGCAGAUUUUAAAAAUGACAAAUAAACCUGAUCAGGUAGAGAGGAAAGAAAGCUUCCUUGGGGAUGGUCCGCAUCUUUCUCAGCAAAGUGAAAAUUCAGUCUCAUUCACAAGCAGCUUGGAAAAAAAAUUAAAACCAACCACACUGCUGGAAAAGACCUACAUGAAAACUGUCCGAGCCACCAUGUUUGACCAUAAUGUUCAGAGGCACAACGUUGCUGCUGAUCAGCUGGGAAGUGACUCUGCACCGAGAGUGAGUAACGAGCCCGAGGCAAAGCGCGAGGCGGUGACCUCGGGGCACGGCCGACAGCCGUGGAUGGGAGGAGUGGAGGAAACCACUAGCAUAAAGAGAGAGUAUCACAAGCCAUCUGAUUCAUCAAAACAUAUGGGAGAUGCAGAAAAAAGUGGAAAACCAGCUUGUUCAAGUGAAGACAAGAAGGUGACUCCGGGAAUUCUCUUAGAAAAAUCUUUGGUUGAGAAGAGUGAAAAAACCACUAAAAAUGUAGAAGACUCUCUAAUUUACCAAAGAAUAGAGCCAAGGUAUGAAAUCUUUCAGACGUGUGGUGAAAGGGCUCUUAGCGAAGCCAUUGCAAUGGCUCCUGAAAAAAAGGCCAUGACACUCAGAACUAGAAAAUCGUCUGUGAAAGAGAAUAAAAACGAUGAGGAUGUCCUACGCGCUGCUCAGUCGGCUAGGGCGAAUAAUAAAACUCUCUACCUGAAAGAAGGUAACGUUUCAGAAGUGAGAGACACAAAAGUUUUUACAAGCAAGUCUGCGGUGAGAGAACCUAAUGACUUUUUCUUCAGUGAAUGCACUUCACCUGAACAGAAAAAAGACUCUGCUAGAACUGACGCUGAUCCAAUACUAAUAGCUGAGAAAAUACCUUAUUCUACAAACAAAGGUAAAUGUUUGGGAGUGAAUGAAAAAGUAGACAAACUACUUUCUGAAAUUAAAAAUGAUAAGAGUGAAGUCUCUUCCAUGGAUAAAACGGAGAGGUCUAACAUGAUGAAAUGCUCCUCCGAGAAGAGGAGUUUUAGGCCAGGUGGGACAGAGAGCUACGAGUUCAGAGCCAACUUUGAUCGUGAAGUUAUUUCAACAAGCGUAAAUAAACAUGGGGCCCAGUCUUCUUCGGUGCUUUCCAGUGGACAAUUUUGUAAAUCUUCCAGUGGCCACCAUGCUGAUACGAAAGUACUAACCAUUUGCAAAGAGGAAUCUAGGGCCUUUGGUUUGAGGAAAAGUCUAGACUUCAAUUGGAAAGAACAAGACUUCAGCUUAGAUAGUUCAGCUCAUGAAAACAGCGAAAAAAUCAGAGUGAUAGAUCCAGAAGAAAAAGUCAGGAGAACCAGAAGCAGCGUUUCUGACUUGAAGAUUUCGGAAAGGUGGAGGAGGAGGACCUUGCCUCGGGAUUCUACCAAGACAGAAGAAGUCAUCACUCCUGAAAACAGCAAAAGGCUGAGUCGGACAGAUUCACUGCAAUUGGAUGAAGGUUCAGUCAAAAAGAGAAGCAAAAAAAGCAAAGAAGGGCUGGAAGGGAAUGAGGCAAACCAAACUGUUCUUGGCAGUCCUGAGGGUUACUUGAAAAACCAGAGUUCUACUUUUGAGCCAAAGGCAACUUAUUUUGCAGUGACUUAUCAGAUUCCUGGUAACAAAAAAGAGAAAAGCUUUGUUGAUGCUGCUGGUGCAAGUCAGACAAAUACAAUUUCUAGCUCAAGUGAGGGCGCAACAAUUAAUCUGGACCCUGUUUUUCCUGGAAGGUCCAAACCUUUAUUGCAGCAACCAAAUAAAAAUUUGACGAGUGCAAAUUGUAGAGAAGACUCACGGGAAGUGCAUAAUAACAAGGAUUGGGUCAAAGAAGAAGACAAAGAUGAUAUUUUUUUCAAAAACGUUGCAUUUGGUAAUUUUCAUGUAUCUAGGAGAGGAAACCAGCAGCAUCACGAAAGAGGUCUGGAUCAUCCUACGGAAAGAAUAAUAGAUGUUGAUGCUUUCCUGUUAAAACAGGAUCUGGAAAAUACAGCUCAAACUGAUCUCAAAAGCAGCAGCAGAAAAGCCUCCUCUUACCAUGAACUCAGAUCCCCGCUGCAUUUUGCACAGUUACAUAAAGACAGUGAAUUAGUCCCCCAGAAAAAGAGCGAAAAUAAUUACGAUGUAUCUGAAAGGAAGGUUGAGGGUGGUUUCAGAUCCCAGAUUCUUGAUGUCGAUGCGAUUAUGGCAGACUAUAAAGAAAAAUCAAUGAAGGCCUGUAACGUUCAGGACAGGCUCUCUGAUUCCUUUCAGAGGGAGAAAUCAAAGAACAAAAGAAACGUGUCGGAUAGGACAACUUCUUACAGCUGGAAAGAGUGGAAGGGAUCAGAUCAUUAUUCUGGUGAUAACAAACAAGGUGACUACGCAGAAGAGUACCACAGGCCAGAGAAAUUAAUUCUAAAUGAGAAGAGCAAAGAGAGACUGGAAUCAUGUAACCCUGAAUUUGAUAAACAAAAGUCCAAAGAUAGAAAGUUCAGCCCUCCUUACUGGGGAAAUCCUAGCGGCUUCUUUUCAGAUAAGUUUGUAAAUUCCCAUAAUUCACCUGUGGAGUUCACGAGGAAGAAAACUUUCAUCAUUGAUGAGGAUGAAGACGUGAACUUAACUUCCAGGAAUCAAAGUCCCAAAUUUGUAAUUGAUAAGGUGCAGUCGAUAAAUGCAGUUGCUACAGACCAAAGGUGGGAAGUUAAUUUUGCUUCCAAGUUGUCCUUAAAGGCAGAUGAUGGCCUCUUACAGAAGAAGUUGGUCACAAAAGAGCAGUUCUUGGAGGUGUCUCCAGAAGGAGAUCGGAGCAGAAACGCGGCAAGGAGCUCUGUAACCAGGAGCAAGGACAACGCAAAUAAGACGACGCGCGAGAGCGACUGUUCCAAUGGGAAGAUUAAAACUGAGUGCAAGAACUACACGUCUGGGUUAGGAAGUGCAGCCCCGGAUUUGAGACGAUCCUAUUCAGAAAAGAGCUGCCAAGGAAAAAACAAUCUACCCCUUAUGCAAGAAGUAAGGGGAAGGAGGGAUCUGCACCGAUGCAGGCAGAGCUUCCCCUUGGAAAGUGCCGAUACGGGGUGGAAACACAAGAUGUCAUCCCAGGUGGAGUCAUUCUUCCAGGAGGAUAAAAAGGCUUCUAGGAAAGAGUGGACCAAGCAGAGUUCAGACAAAACAGAUGGACCAGAAUUUCCACUGGUUUCCGCUCAGAGAAGCCGGCACAGUUUCUAUAAGGACAGAAGGGCAGACAACGGGCCGGACCAGCUGAAGCAGUGCUUCUCCAGGCAGCCCCCGGGAGCGAAGGACACGGACACGCUGGUGCAGGAGCCCGACAGCCAGUACGGGACCUGGAACGAGCAGCGGCACAGCGGGGACAGCUUUGUGCCCGAAUCUCCUUCCUCGGAAAACGAUGUCAUUUCCCCGAGAAAGCAACCUCCUAACAGCCACCCGUCGUCACUGUCCUCUCAGACAGAACCUGCCUCCCUGGUUGAUCACCAUGACUUCUCCAAAGACCAAAGGAGCACGAGUUUGGACCGUUCCAGCACUGACAUGGACUCCACAGAUGGGACUGAUUUACCUCCUCCGGGAGACACCUACCCUGAUGAAAAGACGACGGAUUUCUCUUUCAUUGAUCAAACCACUGUUCUGGACUCCAGCGCGCUGAAAACUCGUGUACAGCUCAGCAAAAAGAGACGCCGCCGGGCUCCUAUUUCCCACUCUCUCAGAAGAAGCAGAGGGCUGGAGUUUGAAAACAGGUUUUCUUUGACGGAAGAACCAGAUAAUACCUGGAUGUUUAAAGAUUCCACAGAAGAGAAGAGAACUAUGCAACAGGAAGAUUCCGAUGAGGAAGACAAGACACAGCAUACUGCGAGGUCAUCUUCUGUCCAAGCUCAGCGGCUUCCCGUGUUCCCAGGAAUGGAUCACUCUGCUCUCAAGGCCCAACUGCGGAGAAGACAAGAGUCCGAGAGUCCUGGUGAAAUAAGCUCUGCUCAGCUGUUCAAAUCCCCUAAACCGCAGGCUCCGCCUGGGACGGCCGGUGGCAGACUGCUGCCCUCCAGCGUGGAGAAGGAGGACAGGUCAGAAGAAAAGUCUCCUCAGUGGCUGAAGGAGCUGAAAUCGAAGAAGAGACAGAGCCAUUAUGAGAAUCAGGUUUGAAAAGAUAGUGAGUCUAACUAGAAGAAGAUAAAGAAGUUUUAACAGAAGCCUUAACUCAUCUGAACCUAAAAUUCACAUGUCAUGUUGCUGCUGUUUGCUUCCUGCCUCAACUGCUAUGUGCAUGGUGCCUUCCUGUUUUGUGGAGAAAGCUGCUUAAUGUUCAUAGCCAAACACAAAGCUGUAUCUUUGCAGAUGUGGGAGGAGAGUCGCUUUCGAGCCGCCUGGAAGAAGAGCCGGUGGUUCGUAGGUAGCGCGUCAGAAAGUCUCGAAGGAUUGUCAGAUUUGGUCUGGGAGUGCGCCGGGAAGGUGCCCUCGCUGCUGACCAAGGGCUGCAUUCCUACGUGGGUGCUCAGCCACUCA